GUGCAAACUCUCUUGAGACUAAGGCAGUCCAGCCGCAACUUCAUCACACAUAUUUCUUCCACACAUCAUAUUCUGAUGCUAUUAUUCGGCUUUCGAGUUUCUCAUCACACUCUAGAUGGGUUCACUACAGCCAGCCACAACCUCUGACUGCAGGUUUGCGUAGGGCAAUUGACUUUUUGUACGUACAAUAUCUGUAAAAAAAAGAAAAGAACAGAAAAAUCGAACGUGGGAGAAGUAUAACUAGACGAAGAGUUUCCCCAGGAACAAAUGCUUUUUGACUACGAGCUACAGCUCUCGACACCAGAUCCCGAAUCCUUCAAACGCAUCUGACUUUUCUCCACCAUCGAUCUUGUCUCCUUCAAUUCAAAAUGGCUCAAACCGAGACUCUCAGUCUUUUGCAGGAUGUCGUUGCUAAGACCCAACAGCAGGCAGUUCUGGAGUCCGACAUUCAGGAACUCCACGACCACAUUCUCGCCCAGCCAGGAGGAGAGGAAAAGCUCCGGAUUCUGGCCAAAAGCGUCAGCUCGCCUGUUACGGCCUUGGCCACUAACGAUGCUGGCGCAUUCAAAUCCAAGAUGAGCGCUACAGGUUCUCUGAUUAACCUCUGGUUCUAUCAGCGCGUAACCGUCAAAGUCAAUGUCAACGGGAGGGAUAGACAGUUUACCGCAAACCUUGGCGGGCUCUCGCCGGGCUUUCCGGGCGGUGCUCUUUUUGGAGACCUCUACUACGACGAUAUCAAUGAUGUCGGUGGUGACUAUACCGUUCAAGCUGGCUCCAUCGGGCCAUGGUACUCAGUGCAAUUCUUCCGGAAUGGUUCUCUCAAGAUGUCGUUCCAGGCCGGCAACGUGGGAUUUUCGACUGGGGUCACUGGCGGCACCGGCUCUUGGGACUAGUACUUACUUCAUGUACUUAGCAGGAGCUUAAAACACUUCCGGUGUUUUUAAGCACAGGACCAACGUUAGUUUUGAUAGGAGAUAAUGGGUCUUGGAAUUUUUUGCGGCACUAGGACCAUCGUGGAUGCGUAAUCUACAUCAAUACACUG